AUGUUGUUUAAGGAUGCAACAAUGGAAAAAUUACUGUUUCCUUCGGCUGGCUUUCAGCAGCUCUCCGAUGCACUGGCUACCCCCAUCCCCCAAGUCAGUCCAGUGGACACUCCUGACGCUGUGCCAUCCGACAGGACUAUCAACACCGCAAAGGACCUCGUUUUCGGAGAUGCUGGGAUCUUUGGAUCUUCUGGAGUGCUUGAGGCAGGAACAGGGGCAGUUAACACCGAGAGGAGCGGAAGGGGAUGUCGCUUUGUCUCACCUCCCAGUGACACCCUUGAUGCCCUCUUCGAUGCACCCUCCACGCCAUCUAUUCAUUCACGUCAAUCCAAUGGGAUCUGA